AUGGUUGACAGCUGCCUGAUCACUAUAAUUAUUCAUGCAAUUAAUUGUAUUUUUCUGCUACAUGGUGAAUAUGUUCGUGAAUUCGAGCUGGAGCACGGAGCAUUUGCAGACGAUUAUAAUUUCUCAAAACGUCAAACCAAAGAUAUUCCGCUGAAGUUCACAGUUGAAUAUGGAUCAAGUAUCGAAUACUCACCUUAUUACUUGCAGUAUAGGCAAGAAUUUUUAGAAAAGGCAGUUAAGUUUUGGGAGUCUGCACUGACAGUGAGAAAGGCAGCUGAGCGUCGAAUCACCAUACCACGGUACUGUGAAGAGGGUGUAUAUUACACCCAACCAGAAACGAAUAAAAUAUUUUGUGCAGGAAGAUGUCGACAAGAUGUAUACUGUGGACCAGCCAAAGUGCCUGAUAAAUAUUUAAAGGAUUGUUAUGUAAACGGGACAGACGGUAAAUUACAACUCCAGUAUCCAAAAGGAGAUGGAGCUCCUUCUAGUGGUUACCUUCUGUUUGUUGAAAUGUUGAAUACCCAUCACUGUAGUAGAGGUGCAGGAGCAUAUGCUCAUGCGUGUAUAUUGGAUCCUGAAACAGACAGUAAUGAAUUCAUUAUUUUAAAUUUACAUAGUGAAAAUACUGUAAAAUUAAUCCCAAGAGUUUGGGAAAGUACACAAGGAGUAUUUUAUAAAAACUUUAUGGCGCUUACAACUCCAAAAGUAUUGGAGGAAGCAAGAAAACACUUCAAUUGUUCAACACUUGAUGGAGUUGAUUUGGAGAAUGAAGGAAGUCCAGGUUCAACCGGUGGUCACUUUGAUGGAAGAGCUUAUGGAAAUGAACUUAUGACAGGUCGAACAAUGGCAAAUUCUUUGACUUCAAAGAUUACACUGGCCUUUUUCCAAGACUCAGGAUCGAAAAGCAUUAAUCCAUACUGUGACACAAUUGGAGUUUCUGGAUGCUUUGAUAGAACUUCUUAUGGAAACUGUGAUCUUACUGUACUUCCUUAUCCACUAAAUCAAAGUGAACAGUAUUUUGAAGGCCAAUAUUAUUAUGGUGGAGCUGAUAAAUUCAGAGAUAAGUGUCCAACUUAUUCUGUAAGAGAUUCGUUAAAAUAA